GGCAGGACCAGCUCGACGUGCAGCUCCUGGCAGCCUCUGGAGAGAGAAACCACUCCUUGCCUGGCGCUGCAGGUGUGCUCAGCAGCCUCAGGUGGACACAGGCUUCCCAAAAUCUCUCCCAUGGCAGAGGAGAAGACCUUCCGCUACGGCUUCAUCAUCCUGGGCUUCUUCCUGGUGAUGGUGGGCAUGUUCAUCAUGAGCAUGGAAAAGCCCCAGUACUAUAUCACCUUCUGUGUCCUGGGUGUGCUGCUGGUGGCCGUGGGCAUCACAUGGAGCAUGUGCCAGUGCUACCCAAAGAUUACGUUCGUCCCUGCGGACCUCGAGGCCGAGCGGUUCCUGGACCACAAAGCCACGGUGCUGCCCCACAAGGACGCAGGCUUGGUUUCCCCGUGCCCCAGCCCAGAGGCCAGCAGCCCCUACGAGAAGAGCCUGCCCUCCUACGAGCAGGUCCAGCGGCAGGAGGGGAGCUCGGCCCCGGCCCCAGCCCGGGCACAGCCCCCCCGGCCCCGGACCUGCUCCCAGCCAUCCCUGCAGGCCACGGCAGAGAUCCACCGGGAGCUGCACCACGGGGCUGGGGAGCCCCUCCAGGAGCUGCCGUCCCGCCGGGAAACAGCACCUGGCAGCUGCCCCGGCCCGGGCGAUGCUCCGCUGGCGUCCCUGCUGGAGGAGAUGGACACGCCGUCGCUGGAGGGCUCCGUGCCCGGCAGCCCCGCGUCGCAGAGCCGCAACCCGCCCUGCUCCAGCCACCCCGGCCGCCCGGGGCGGGGAGAGCAGCCCCGAGCCCCCCGGAAAGGCACCGGCAGGGAGGAUGAGCUCUACUACGGGCUCCAGGAGGAGCCGGAUGCUCUGCUCAAGGAGAGCGACGGCCUGUCCGAGCCUGAGAACUGAUUUCCUGGGGAGAAUGGCCACUCGGCAUGGACUCACCCCAUGGACCUGCUUGGAAUGGCCACUCAGAAUGGGCUCACCCCAUGGACCCACUUGGAAUGGCCACUCAGAAUGGGCUCACCCCAUGGACCUGCUUGGAAUGGCCACUCAGAAUGGGCUCACCCCAUGGACUCCCUUGGAAUGGCCACUUGGCAUGGGCUCACCCCAUGGACCCACUUGGAAUGGCCACUUGGCAUGGGCUCACCCCAUGGACUCCCUUGGAAUGGCCACUCAGAAUGGGCUCACCCCAUGGAUCCACUUGGAAUGGCCACUCAGAAUGGGCUCACCCCAUGGACUCUCUUGGAAUGGCCACUCUGCAUGGGCUCACCCCAUGGACCCACUUGGAAUGGCCACUUGGCAUGGGCUCACCCCAUGGAGGGGGACACUCAGGUCACGGCUCGGGGGAAAGGGGCUGUCCCCCAAAGUGCAGUGGCCCCAGGAUCCUGCGUGUCCCUGUGCUGUGCUGCUCCCCUUGUGCACGCCCAGCCACUCAGGAGGCUGCCAUUCCCCCCAGAGCCAAAGGGAGAACACCCAGCUCCUGAAUCCAACAGAAUAUGGGACAGGGCCUCCUCGCCAGAGCCACUUGGGUGGGCACAGAGGAGCUGGGCUGGGCAGGAUCUGGGCUAAGGGCUGUGCUUGGGAAGGGGAUGGAUUUGCUGUGCUGUUUGGAGCAGGAUCAGGUUCAGGUGGGUAAAACCUGCUCAGGGCAGGUGGGUUUUAUCAGGCAGAGAUGUCCUCAAAGUCUUUUUCCCACUUACCCAAGCUCUGCUGAAAUUAAAAUUUGAUCCAGAGUCUCCUACAGCAGUCAGACUUCAUAUCUCCAGGUUGGGAGAGGGGUGAUGGAGGUGACAGAUGGUGCUGUCCCCUGUCUCCUGCACAAGGACCAGCUUCCAGCACUCCUGGGGGCACAGGGGAGAGGACACAGCUGAGCCAAAACCCAGGUGAUGGCACUCGAGAUGGUGGCUUUGCCCACUCUGCUGGGUCGGUGCCAUCAGCUGCAGGUGGCUUUGCAGGCUGGCACCCACCGUCCCCAAACCUCCUGUGAAUAAAAAGUGUUUGUCCCAAA